AUGGCAGCUCUUGCCACCAUUGCCACCACCAUUGAUGACAGCCGCCACAAGAUGAUCAUAGGGGGCGAGAUCCUCGGGGCAUCAAGGCCUUGGCCCAUCUCCUCCUCCCUUUCUCUUCUCUCCAUUCUCCUCUUCCUCCUUAACGUCGCCGCCAUCAUUCCUAUUGAUGCAAAAGGGGCUUCUUCUGUGAAAUUCUCCCCUGCCGAUAACUAUCUCAUUGAUUGCGGGUCAUCCCAGAGCACCGUGCUCGAUGACGGGCGAACAUUCAAAUCUGAUUCCCAAACUGCCUCGCUCCUUAAAACUGAAGAAAAUGUCCAGAUUUCUGUCAAUUCCAUUUCUAUCAAUACCUCGUCUUCUCCCUCUGUUCCUUCUUCGUUGAUGCCUUUGUAUCGCACCGCGAGGAUCUUUACUAGUCAAUCAACAUAUACCUUUUUCAUCGCCCGCACAGGACGACAUUGGGUCCGUCUCUACUUCUAUCCUCUACCGCACCCAAAUUACAAUCUAACAACUGCCACCUUCAGUGUCACCACGGACAACACUGUUCUCCUCCAUGAAUUCUCAAUAAAUAAUAGUGCUACGAUGGUAUACAAAGAAUACCUCAUCAAUGCCUUCGUAGAUCGGUUCUCCCUUAAGUUCACCCCCAAGGGUAACUCCUAUGCCUUUGUCAAUGCCAUUGAACUAGUCUCUACCCCAGAUAAUCUUGUGGUUGACACCGCAUCCACAAUUCUCCCAAUUGGUGAUUUUAGCGGCUUGUCCAAGUAUUCGCUCGAAGUAUCGUACCGGUUGAACAUUGGAGGGCCUGUCAUCACUCCUAAGAAUGAUACAUUAUGGAGGACAUGGCAGCCUGAUACCCAAUUCAUAGCAUUCCCACAAGGAGCGAAGAGUGUGUCUAUCGAUCCUACGAUAAUCAACUAUCCAGACAUUGGAGCCACACCAUUCAUUGCCCCAAAUUGGGUUUACUCAACGGCAGAUGCAAUGGUUGAUCCCAAUGUGUCCGAGCCUAAUUUCAACCUCACUUGGAAGGUUGGGGUGAAUCCAAGCUUCUCUUAUUUGAUCAGAAUGCACUUUUGUGACAUUGUGAGCAAGAGCCUGAACAAUCUGUACUUCAAUGUAUAUGUUAAUGGGAUGAUGGGCGUGUUGGGGCUUGACCUAUCGACACUCACCGGAGGCCUCGCAGUCCCCUACUACAAAGACUUCGUACUCAACUCUUCCUCCAUCACGAACGGGUUGAUAAUGGUACAGGUUGGACCUGCAUCCAACAUUGGCUCAGGCCUCCCAAAUGCCAUUCUUAAUGGCUUGGAAGUGAUGAAGAUGAGCAACUUGGCAGAGAGCUUGGAUGACCUAUAUGCUAUUGAUGGAACAUACAAAGGAUCUAAUUUAGGAAGAAGUACAAUGAAAAUCGUAGCAGGGAUUGGCCUAUUAAUGGGGUUAACAGCAAUGGCGCUAGUUCUGUUAGUUUUCUUCAGGUGGCAGCGACGACCUCAAGACUGGGAGAAGAAAAACAGCUUCUCCUCCUGGCUCCUCCCGCUCCAUACCGGCCAGUCGACUUUUAUGUCGAGCAAGAGUGGGUCACGGCGGUCCAACCAUUUCGGCUCCCACAAGAGCAAGAGUGGCUACUCCAGCUUCUACUCGUCCACUGGCGGCAAUGGCCGCUUCUUCACCUUCAGCGAGCUCCAAGAGGCCACUCGCAACUUCGACGAGAAGGCGGUGAUCGGGGUCGGUGGGUUCGGGAAGGUAUACUUAGGAGAAAUGGAUGACGGAAGCAAGAUUGCCAUAAAAAGGGGCAACCCCAGAUCAGAACAGGGCAUGAACGAGUUCCAGACUGAGAUACAGAUGAUCUCCAAGCUCCGCCACCGCCAUUUAGUGGCUUUGAUCGGAUUUUGCGAUGAACAGUCGGAAAUGAUCCUUGUGUACGAGUACAUGGCCAACGGGCCUCUUCGUGACCACCUCUACGGUACCAACCUGCCGCUCUUGAAUUGGAAGCAGCGCCUGGAGAUUGCCAUCGGCGCUGCUCGAGGCUUGCAUUAUCUCCACACCGGCACCGCCCAAGGGAUAAUCCAUCGUGACGUGAAGACGACAAACAUUCUCUUGGACGAAAAUUUCAUAGCUAAAGUUUCUGAUUUUGGGCUUUCAAAGGCCGCGCCAACAUUGGAGCAGACUCAUGUGAGCACCGCCGUGAAGGGGAGUUUUGGAUACCUAGAUCCGGAGUACUUCCGACGGCAGCAGCUCACGGAGAAGUCGGAUGUGUACUCUUUCGGCGUCGUCCUGUUUGAGAUUCUGUGCGCGAGGCCGGCGAUAAACCCGGUGCUGCCAAGAGAGCAGGUGAAUUUGGCAGAGUGGGCAAUGCAGUGGCACAGGAAGGGUAUGCUGGAGAAGAUAAUCGAUCCUCAUCUCGUGGGGACGAUCGGCGAAGGGUCACUGAAGAAGUAUGUGGAAGCGGCCGAGAAGUGCUUGGCAGAUCACGGCGUCGAUAGACCUUCAAUGGGUGAUGUCUUAUGGAAUUUGGAGUAUGCAUUGCAGCUUCAGGAGGCCGCGACGCAGAUCGACCGGCCGGAGGAUAACAGCGCCAGGCACAUCGCCUUGGAGCAGCCCAGUGAAAGGGAGUUCGAGGGAGACCCCGCGGCGGCUCCGCCGUCAGUGGCCAUCUCUGUCAGCGAUGAUUCUAAUGUGACUGCUGGGUGUGGGUCUCCUCUGUUUUCUCAGAUUGGGAAUUUUCAAGGAAGGUAAAAGAGGGUGGAUUCAAGAAAUGGGAUUUGGGCAUUGUUCCGUUUGGAUUUGGGUUAAGAUUUUAGUUUGUGGAGGAAAGAGAUGGGGCACUACAGCUUCUGGAUUUUCUCUUGUUCAAGAUUCAUGGCCUCAACGCUCUGCUGCAUGUAAGCAUGUAGGAGAGUCACGGCGUACUCCACAGGAUGGAAAAAAGUGAGACAGGUCAACUGAACUUCCUAUUAUUUGUUUGGUUGUUCGUAGGUUGUGUUUGCGCAGAAAAAUACUUUCCUUCUCUUUUAGUUUUCACAUCAUAUUUUUAUUUUUGGUAAAUGAGGAUAUGUCUUUUCAUUUUUCUUUGCCUGCACCCUUAUUUUUCUUUUUUGCCCUCCAACGUUUGUGGUUUGAUUCUAUUUAUUAAUAAUACUUUGUUAAGCUUUCAACUUC